CAAGGGCUAAAUUUUUUUCUAGAAAAGAGUGAGCCUGGGAAUGCGCCAAAUCGAAUGUACCAUGAAAGAUUCCAAAACUUGUUUGACUUAACACUUCAAUUUCUCAAUUUGAUCGACAUAUGUAUAUAAAUAUUCGCUGCUCUUUUUCUAACGUUGUCACUCGAAGAUUAUCAACAACUGAAACAGACAGAUAGCAUAGUCCACAGAAACAUCAGUUAUAUGCAGUAGAGUGUUCAACUUGGAUCAAAUCUUUUGCUUUUCAUCCCAACUCCUAAAGGGAUUUGAUUCUCUCUAUUUCAGAACGAAACAUUUGGAAGGUGGGCAUUGAUUUCUGAAUUCAGGCGUAAUGAGAUGAAAGCUUUGGUGAAACUUGUUGUGGUUUUAUGGGCUCUGGUGAGGCUCGAAGAGGCAGCAGCAGAUGGUGUUCAACCUCUUUCAGUAAUUGCUAUCGAGAAGGCUGUUCUUGCUUUAGAUAAGAAUGCUUAUGUUAAAGCUUCUCCCUCAAUUCUUGGACUCGGUGGAAACAACCAAGAUUGGAUUACUGUAGAAUAUAAGAGCACAAACCAGUCUGUUGGUGACUGGAUUGGUGUAUUUUCUCCUUCCAACUUCAGCUCAUCUACAUGCCUCCCAGAAAACACGAGAGUUGGGCCGCCAUAUUUGUGCACAGCGCCCAUAAAGUAUCAGUUCGCAAAUUUCAGCAAUCCUAAAUACACGUAUACAGGCAAAGGCUCUUUGAAGUUUCAGUUGAUUAACCAAAGAUCAGAUUUUUCAUUUGGUUUGUUUUCUGGUGGUGUGUCAAAUCCAAAGCUGGUGGCUGUGUCAAACGUAAUCGCCUUUGCUAAUCCUAAUGCGCCUCUAUAUCCGCGUUUAGCACAAGGGAAGGAAUGGAAUGAAAUGACCGUCACCUGGACUAGCGGUUAUGAUAUUGAUGGAGCACAGCCUUUCGUGCAUUGGGGUCCAAAAGGAGGCCCACGGGCUCGCUCCUUGGCAGUUACAUUGACAUUUGAUCGUAGCAGCAUGUGUGGUGCACCUGCAAGAACGGUUGGAUGGCGCGACCCUGGAUUCAUACAUACUGGUUUUCUGAAGGACUUAUGGCCCAACUCAGUGUACACCUAUAAAUUGGGGCAUAAAUUGCUCGAUGGUAGUAAUACAAUUAUCUGGAGUGAUCUUUACCAGUUCAAAGCUUCUCCGUAUCCUGGGCAGAACUCUCUGCAACGGGUCAUCAUUUUUGGCGACAUGGGAAAGGAUGAAGCUGAUGGUUCCAACGAGUAUAACAAUUUCCAACGUGGUUCCCUCAACACGACCAAGCAACUCGUGAAUGAUCUGGAGAAUUAUGACAUAGUCUUUCACAUAGGAGACAUUUGCUAUGCUAAUGGAUAUCUCUCUCAGUGGGAUCAGUUCACUGCUCAAGUCGAGCCUAUUGCUUCGAGGGUGCCUUACAUGAUCGCCAGUGGCAACCAUGAGCGCGACUGGCCUGGAUCGGGCUCAUUUUAUGGCAACAAUGAUUCGGGUGGAGAAUGUGGGGUCGCGGCUGAGACUAUGUUCUACGUUCCAGCUGAAAAUCGAGCCAAAUUCUGGUAUAAAACGGACUAUGGCAUGUUCCGGUUCUGCAUAGCUGACACGGAACACGACUGGAGAGAGGGAACCGAGCAAUACAAGUUCAUCGAGCAGUGUCUGGCGUCUGCAGACAGACAGAAACAACCUUGGCUGAUCUUCCUUGCCCACCGCGUUCUAGGUUACUCGUCUGAUGCUAGUUAUGCUGCUGAAGGAUCAUUUGGAGAACCAAUGGGGAAAGACGACCUUCAAAAACUUUGGCAGAAGCAUAAAGUUGACAUAGCCCUCUACGGCCAUGUCCAUAACUAUGAAAGGACUUGCCCCAUAUACCAGAACAUCUGCACGAGCAAGGAGAAGAACUACUACAAGGGGAGCUUGAAUGGUACGAUACACGUGGCUGCUGGAGGCGGAGGCGCCAGUCUCUCGCCAUUCUCAACUCUGCAGCCUAACUGGAGCAUUUUCAGAGACCUCGAUUACGGUUUUGUGAAACUGACUGCUUUUGACCACUCGAACCUGCUGCUCGAGUACAAGAAGAGCAGAGAUGGCAAGGUUUACGACUCCUUCAAGAUAUCCCGGGACUACAGGGACAUCUUGGCGUGCGCCAUUGAUAGCUGCCCGAGCACGACCCUCGCCUCGUGAUCAUGCCCUUCUAACUCUUCAGCUUCAUCAUGUCUCCAACUUCAGCCGGGCUGUUUGUAUACAUGCAUUUGUAGUCUCAGCUGCAUUAGAAGAAGGAUGUUUUCUGUAUGUAAUCUGCAUUUGCUUUUUGUUAAGUUUUUAUAUGAUCCCUAUAAACCCUACUUUUUUUAUCAAGUCUUGUUGUAAUAUGGUACAAAUUAAAUUUUAAUCAAACAUCAAAUCUAAGACCUACUUUCAAUACUUCAA